AGCGGGGCGGAGCGGCCGUGGGCAGACGCCGGCUGCGGGCAGGGGCUGCGCAGGCCGACCUUCCAUUAGCACCGCUGGGCACGCUGUCCCCGCCCGCACGCGCUCGGCCUGCGGCGUGAGAGGCUGGCGGGCGGGCGCCGGGGCGGCGAGUGGGGGGCGCCCGCCUGGGCCUGCGUUGCUGCUUGCGCGCGGCCGUCGCCCCUGGGCAUGUGAGGGCAGCAGCUUGGCCGGCGGAGCCCGGAGCGGCGCAGAGGCUUUCGCGGACAAGUAACGGGCCUGGCGGGUGGGAAGAGCGGGCUCUGGCUGCCCAGCCGCGGCAGGCCCUGGACGGCUGGAGCGCGAGCGCCGCUGCAGGGCCGAAGGAGGCCAGAGAGGGCGGGAAGCUAGACUGGGUAGCUGUAGUUAGGGUCUCCGGGGCUGGCAGAGACGGGAGGGUCGGAACAGGGUUGGGCGGGCGGCAGGUGCCUGCCCUCCGGCGAGAUCCAGCUCUCUCCUGGGCUCCACCCACCUUGGCCUGCACACCCAGUUCCAAGGGCUAAAAAUAUUGCCCCAGGCUCCUGAGCGUAAUCAGAUCGCGCUAAGUAGGGCAAGAGGCAGAGGCCACCAAGCUCCCGACCGGCAAAGCCACCUCUGGAGUGCGGUCCGCCUACAUCCCACGCGGCAGGUUAGUGGCCUGGGGCGGUGGGGCCAGUCUUCUGAAGUUGCCCCACUCCCUGGCAGCCGUGCCUGGGCCUGUCCCUGGGCAGGGGAUCUUCAGUAGUAUUGUGGGCUUUCCAGGGGCCCCUCGAUGUCCUGUAGAUUGCAGCUGGAAGUUUCCCACUGCAGGAAACAGUACACUCACGGGGAGAACACACAGGACUCGCUUUAUGUUAAAAACAUAGGCAUUGUUCUUCUUUUUUUAAAAAAAGAAACUCAUUCUGUGUUUCUUGCUGAGAGAGGGCCGGUACCAGGCACUGCUUUAUGUGAGGACCAGCCUGAUGCCAGAAGAGGGGUUUCUCUUUGGGCUCUGGCUGUAUCUUUUAAUCAAACAAAAUAGUGAUUUUCAUUCAUCUGAAAGGAGAAACACAUGGCCCAGGAGCCUAAGCAUUUACCUUCUUUCCACAGUACUGGUUGUUAUGCUGCAAAAUUAUAAGCAACCACAUGUUGUAGUCAGGUGAACUCUGCAGCCAGAGCUGAGACUCUUGUUAUCCUGCCCCCCCCCCUUUUCUUUUAAAUAACAUCAGCUGGAGAGCAUCAUCUCCACGUAGGGGCAGAGCUGCCACCAGGACUGGUCCUAAAUGUAAGUCUUGACCAAGACAAUAAAAUAAAGGUUGGGUCAUGACCCACAUUGGAGUCCGGCAUCCUUAGGAACAACCCUCAGGAAUUCACUGGGGCAACCAACAAAGGGAUUUUGCGUGCUGGAGCUACUGAGGGUGUCUUUCUUGCCAGGUGUGUGUGGAGGCUAGGAUGAAGCUGAAAAAGCAGGUGACAGUGUGUGGGGCUGUCAUCUUCUGUGUGGCAGUCUUCUCCCUCUACCUCAUGCUGGACAGGGUGCAGCACGAUCCCACCCGACAUCAGAAUGGUGGGAACUUCCCCCGGAGCCAAAUUUCUGUGCUCCAAAACCGCAUUGAGCAGCUGGAGCAGCUGUUGGAGGAGAACCAUGAGAUCAUCAGCCACAUCAAGCACUCUGUGCUGGAGCUCACGGCCAAUGCAGAGGGCCCGCCUGCCCUGCUGCCCUACUACACGGCAAAUGGCUCCUGGGUGGUACCACCAGAGCCCCGGCCCAGCUUCUUCUCCAUCUCUCUUCAGGACUGCCAGUUUGCUUUAGGGAGCCGGGGCCAGAAGCCAGAGCUGCAGAUGCUUGCUGUGUCAGAGGAAUUGCCGUUUGACAAUGUGGAGGGCGGUGUGUGGAGACAAGGCUUUGACAUCUCCUAUGGUCCACAUGACUGGGAUGCUGAGGAUCUGCAGGUGUUUGUGGUUCCCCACUCCCACAACGAUCCAGGCUGGAUCAAGACCUUUGAUAAGUACUACACAGAGCAGACCCAACACAUUCUCAAUAGCAUGGUGUCCAAGCUGCAAGAGGACCCCCGGCGACGCUUCCUCUGGGCAGAAGUCUCCUUCUUUGCCAAGUGGUGGGACAACAUCAGUGCCCAAAAGAGAGCAGCAGUCCGCAGGUUGGUGGGAAACGGGCAACUGGAGAUUGCCACAGGAGGCUGGGUGAUGCCCGAUGAGGCCAACUCCCACUACUUUGCACUGAUUGACCAACUCAUUGAAGGACACCAGUGGUUAGAGAGAAACCUUGGUGCAACCCCACGCUCUGGCUGGGCAGUGGACCCCUUUGGACACAGCUCCACCAUGCCCUACCUGCUGCGCCGUGCCAACCUGACCAGCAUGCUGAUCCAGAGGGUGCAUUAUGCCAUCAAGAAGCACUUCGCUGCCACCCACAGCCUGGAGUUCAUGUGGAGGCAGACGUGGGACCCAGACUCCAGCACAGACAUCUUCUGCCACAUGAUGCCCUUCUACAGCUACGACAUCCCUCACACCUGUGGUCCAGACCCCAAGAUCUGCUGCCAGUUUGAUUUCAAACGCCUACCUGGUGGGCGCAUCAACUGCCCUUGGAAGGUGCCACCCCGGGCCAUCACGGAGGCCAACAUAGCAGAGAGGGCAGCCCUGCUCCUGGACCAGUACCGGAAGAAAUCCCGGCUGUUCCGAAGCAAUGUCCUUCUGGUGCCUCUUGGUGAUGACUUCCGAUAUGACAAGCCGCAGGAAUGGGAUGCCCAGUUCUUUAACUACCAGCAGCUUUUUGACUUCUUCAGUAGCAGGCCUGACCUCCACGUGCAGGCCCAGUUUGGUACCCUCUCUGACUAUUUUGACGCCCUGUACAAGAGGACAGGGGUGGAGCCAGGGGCCCAGCCUCCAGGGUUUCCUGUGCUGAGCGGGGAUUUCUUCUCCUAUGCGGACCGGGAGGAUCAUUACUGGACAGGCUACUAUACUUCCCGCCCCUUCUACAAGAGCUUAGACCGUGUUCUGGAAGCCCACCUACGGGGGGCAGAGAUUCUGUAUAGCCUGGCUGUGGCUCACGCCCGCCGCUCUGGACUGGCUGGCCAGUACCCACUGUCUGACUUUACCCUUCUGACGGAGGCUCGGCGCACCCUGGGGCUCUUCCAGCACCACGACGCCAUCACAGGCACUGCCAAGGAGGCAGUGGUAGUGGACUACGGGGUCAGGCUUCUGCGCUCACUUGUCAGCCUGAAGCGGGUCAUCGUCAACGCAGCCCACUACCUGGUGCUGGGGGACAGGGGGGCCUACCACUUUGACCCAGAGGUGCCCUUCCUCCAAAUGGAUGAUACUCGCUUAAGUCACGAUGCCCUGCCGGAGCGCACAGUGAUCCAGCUAGAUUCCUCACCCAGGUUUGUGGUGCUGUUCAACCCUCUGGAGCAGGAGCGGCUCAGUGUGGUGUCCCUGCUGGUUAACUCACCCCAUGUUCGUGUCCUUUCGGAAGAUGGUCAGCCUCUAGCUGUGCAGAUUGGCAUGCAUUGGAGCUCUGCCACUGAGGUGGUCCCUGAUGUCUUCCAGGUGUCUGUGCCCAUCCGCCUGCCAGCCUUGGGCCUGGGCGUGCUGCAGCUGCACCUGGGACUGGAUGGGCACCGCACACUGCCCUCCUCUGUGCGUGUCUACCUACAUGGCCGGCAGCUGUCUAUCCGCAGGCACGAAGCAUUCCCUCUCCGCAUCGUGGAAUCUGCCUCCAGUGACUUCGCCCUCAGCAACCGCUACAUGCAGGUCUGGUUCUCAGGCCUUACUGGGCUCCUCAAGAGCAUCCGAAGGGUGGAUGAGGAGCCAGAGCAGCAGGUGGACAUGGAAUUCCUUGUCUACGGCACCCGUGCGUCCAAAGACAAGAGUGGAGCUUACCUCUUCCUGCCUGAUGGUGAGGCCAAGCCCUACGUCUCCAAGGAGCCCCCAGUGCUUCGUGUCACUGAAGGCCCCUUCUUCUCAGAGGUGGCUGUGUACUAUGAACACGUUCACCAGAUGGUCCGUCUUUAUAAUGUGCCAGGGGUGGAGGGUCUGUCUCUGGAUGUGUCUUUGCUGGUGGACAUCCGGGAUUAUGUUAACAAGGAGCUGGCCCUGCGCGUCCACACGGACAUUGAGAGCCAGGGUACCUUCUUCACGGAUCUCAAUGGCUUUCAGGUGCAGCCUCGGCGGUAUCUGAAGAAGCUGCCCCUGCAGGCCAAUUUCUACCCCAUGCCAGUCAUGGCCUACAUCCAGGAUGCACAGAAGCGCCUCACGCUGCACACGGCCCAGGCCCUGGGUGUCUCUAGCCUCAGAGAUGGCCAGCUGGAGGUGAUUCUGGACCGGCGCCUGAUGCAGGAUGACAACCGGGGUUUAGGGCAAGGGCUCAAGGACAACAAGAGGACCCACAGCAGCUUCCGCCUGCUAUUGGAACGGCGAGCCACAGGCAUUGAGGAUGACACCUUGCCUUCAGCAGAGACAGCACUCCUCUUGCACCGCAAGGGUUUUGACUGCGGCCUCGAGGCUAAGAACUUGGGCUUCAACUGUACUACAAGCCAAGGCAAGGUAGCCCUGGGCAGCCUUUUCCAUGGCCUGGAUGUGGUGUUCCUGCAGCCAACCUCCCUGACAUUGCUGUACCCUCUUGCCUCGCCCUCCAAUAGCACUGAUGUCUAUCUGGAACCUAUGGAGAUUGCCACCUUUCGCCUCCGCUUGGGUUAGGGUUCCCUGUGGCCUGAAGACAAAGUUCAUCUGCAGAGACUGCCUGUUAACACUGUGGUUGGGCUGGACAGUCACAUUGGGUACCAUGUCCCAAUUUGCUUCCCAGAGCUGUCACAGACUGGGCUCUGCCUGCAUUUUCUGUUUAUUGUUGCUUCUCUAUUUGGGGGCAACCCAUAAGCCCAGUGAUGGGUAAAUGGGGCAGAUGCCAGUGAGAUCAGGGAGGAAAGGCCCUUGGUAAGAGCAGGCUGUGCCAGACUGUGCUUUGGGUGGUAAGAGACCACCCAGCUGGGCACAGGCCCAAGCACUCACCCUUUUCCCAAAGGGAAUGUAGGAGACGCCGAGGCAGACAGAAGAGGUGAGGAAGGCCACAUGGGUAACCACCCCAUACAAGGUCUUCCUGGGCAAGAGCUGCCUCUAGGGAAACCCUGUGGUUAUGUAGACUUCAUGCUUCAUCAGUAAGGCCAGAGCAACUCUGGAAGAGGGGGCUAGGGACCCAGAGUUACAGGGGGUAGAGAAGUGGAAGGCAUCCGUGUUUCUCCUGAUAGUGCAAAGCCCUUGCUGUCUCUGUGAUGGCUCCACUCCCAGUGCCAUCUGGCUCUGGCUGGGGGCUGCAGAGAGGCAGAAAGGACUCAACUGCAGACUGUCAUGGCCAGAGAUCAGAGAACACUGCAGGUAUCAAAGCCCUAUGGGGAGCUGGGCACAUGUCCUGUGCAUUGAUUUGUGACCCUCUUUGGCCCUGUACUCUGCACACCGCGAUCCCCAAGAGCUGCUUCUUACCAGGGGGUUAGUCCUACUUCUUCACUUGGAAAGAAAGUGAAUCCUCCAAGACCACAUGUGCUUAGGUGGCUUGAGAGAAAGCUUUCAAUUCCUGGUGCAGGAGAUGAGGGGUAUGAGAGUACAUUAGGAAGAAGUAUGGCUGCUAAUGAGCCCUCACUGCAGCUUUGAUUAAUAGAAAAACAUUAAUGAUACUCUAUAGAUGCUGGGAAGAUACUUCGAAAAAUUUAAAGCCCAACCCUUAUUAAAACUCUUAGUAAAUUAAGUCUAGAAAGAAACAUCCUAAUUUAGAACAAAAUCUCUCUCAGAAAAGAAGUUACUGGCAUUCUAGAGUCAAACACCACAGGCAUUCCCAUUAAAGUCAGAACCUAGCCAAAGGCAUGCUAUUAUUUAGCAAUGUCCCGGCACUACUACUCCUGCAAUAAGGCAGAUGACAUAGACCAGAAGAAUUAUAUUUGUCAUUGUAGACAAUAAACUGCCUACCUGUAAACUCUAAGAGAAGCAGCUGAAGACUUAUUAAGAAUGUUCUCUAAAUUGACCCAAUGAUAUUACACAUCAUGUUUGUGUAAAGAUUUUGGUUCUUCCCAAAUCAGCUGAUAAAUUCAAUGUACUUCCAGUGAGAUUGGAUAUUUUUGGAAUUUGCCAGGUUCUAAAGUAAAUUUGGAAGAGUAAAUGUGUAAGAAUACUAAGACAAUGCCGAAUGAUAAAGAGUUGGCUAUUGCUGCUAAGGUGGGGAAGAGGCACUCUUGCUACCAGAUUUCCCAAAGAGAAAUGUUUUCAACACAAAAUAAUCAAUAUAGGCUCAGAGCCCAUAGCUUGGUGGUUAGGGUGCCAGGUAGGAUCAAGCCCAGCCCUAGCCUGCUAAACAAUGACAACUGCACCAACAAAAAAUAGCCGGGCAUUGUGGCAGCUGCCUGUAGUCUCAACUACUUGGGAGGCUAAGGCAAGAGAAUUGCUUAAGCCCAAGAGUUUGAGAUUGCUGUGAGCUGUGACAACACAGCACUCUACUGGGGGUGAUAAAGUGAGGCUGUGUCCCUCCUCCCCCCAAAAAAUAAUCAAUAUACCAAUUUGGCAUAUUUGGGGAUGAAAUGUCCUUUACUGCUUCAAUAUUUUGUAAAAAGAUUCGCAUAUGAAAAAAGUAUCAGUAAGUUCUGAGUGGGAAGCCUAUAUUAAUCUCUAUUCCUUCUAAGAAUAGAUAUAAUCUUUUAAAAUAUUUAGUCCGGGGCAGUGGCUGAUGCCUGUAAUCCUGAAACUUUGGAAGGCCAAGGCGGGUCCAUCACUUGACCUCAGUAGUUUGAGACCAGCCUGAGCAAGAGAGAAACCUUGUCUUCUACUAAAAAUAGAAAAACUAGCUGAGCAUUGUGGUGGGUGUCUGUAGUCCCAGCUGCUCAGGAGGCUGAAGCAGGAGGAUCAUUUGAGCCCAAGAGUCUGAAGUUGUUGUGAGCUAUAUAAUGCCAUGGUACUCUACCCAAGGUGACAGAGUAAGACUGUCUCAAAAAAAGGAAUUAUUUUUUCAGAAAAAUAAUAAAUACAAUUAUAGUAUUUUUUUUAAAUGAGGGGGGUUAGAAAAAGGGAAAAAGAAAGAAAACCUGGAAAUCAGGCAAGUCCAUGGUUAUGACUUUUAAUACAACAGCAAUAGAUACUCAAGGCAACCAGGGAUAUCUUUGUUAUCAUUCUAAUCCUCUUCCAGCUUAACAAAAGCCAAAGUGUAUAUUGUAAAUUGUGAGGUGCCCUACCCUCACAGACUUAAGGUGGUAAUAGCAGGAAUGUGUUCAUGUUAAUAUCCUAAUGUUGAUGGUGGUAUUUCAGUUAUGUUGGAACAUUUCUCUAAAUACCAAAGUAUUUAGGGGUGAUUACAUCACCAGACUACAUCUGAUCAACGAAUUCUGGCUCAGGAGAAAAUACUUGUCCAAAUACUUCCAAAUUUUCUGUAAAUUUCUGAUUGUUUAAAAUCAUUAUUGAAUUAAAGAAAUAUAUACUA